UCUAUGUGUACGUAGACUUCUCUUACUACAAUGUUAAGGCGAUGGUAAUGAUAAAUUUAUGUUAUUCCCGAAACAUCCAGGAAUUUCUAAACAAGUAAUCACUUUUUAUAUAUACCAAAAUAAAGCCUUAUUCUUAAUAACCACCAUUUCUAGCAUCAAAUCAAACUACUCUUCUUCUACUACUCCAUUCUAAAUGGAACCAACAACAGAAACAAGACCCGAACUAGUAGUUCUUCACGAAGGACCACCACCACCUGAAGAACAGCAGUUACAAUCUCUCAUGUGCAAGUGCUGUGUGUUAAGAGUCUCCAUUCAUUGUCAAGGCUGCAUGAGAAAAGUCAAAAAAGUCCUCCAGAGCAUAGAUGGUGUUUAUCAAACUACAAUUGAUUUGAAGCAACAAAAGGUUGUAGUAAUGGGAACUGUAGACACUGAUACACUGAUCAAGAUACUCGCGCAAACUGGAAAACGAGCGGAGUUAUGGCCGGAUACAGAACCAAUCAAGAAGAAAAAGAAAAAGAAGAAGAAAAAGAAGAAACCUAAGCCAGAGAAUAAUCAGAACACGGAUCAGAAACAAAGCGACGGAGAUAGCAGUGAAGAAGGAAACCAAACCGACGGUAACGAAAACGAAGCUGUUAAGGUUGUUGUUCAAGACACCAGAAAUUCUGAUGGCGGUGGCGGUGGCGGUGGCGGAGGUGGUGGUGGUAAUAUUAACGUGACAAGAAUUAGUGAAGGAGGAUGGCCAACCGGAAGAGGAAGUGUACAAUUCCAGGAAAUAAAGCCGGAGGUGAGACACGUUAUGCAUUUCCCCGGCGGUAACGGUAACCAGUUACCGGUUGCGGAGAAAAGAGUUACAGUUGCGGUGGAGAAUGGAGGAGGAACCGACGGUGGAUAUAUGAGGAAUAGAGCUUUUUACAGAGGGCAAAAAGGGAAUAACGAAGGUUUAAAUGUUACUUUCGAACAACCUUCUGGUGAUUGGAAUCAGAAUCAGAUGCAAGGUAAUGGGCCUUAUGGUAAUGGGCCGGGCCAAGGUCCGGGCCCAGGACAUGUUUCAUUUGUGGGCCCACCGAAUGAAAGUCCUCCACGGAAUCAAUACCCACCGCAUUAUCAUGGUCAUGCGCCAGCAUCUCCUACUGCGGGGUGUGGUGGAAACAGCUUUCAUACGGCGUAUGCUCCUUCGAUGAGAUACGGUGCAUCGUAUUGUACGACGUCGUCGCAACCAUAUUCGUAUACUCAUGCGCAUCAGAGUAAUGAUUCUGACUCGGAAACUUAUGCUUAUAUUGCACCGUCACGCCGGUCACAUUCAUUUGAAUUAUUUAGUGAUGAAAAUCCUAAUGCUUGUUCAGUUAUGUGAUAUUAUAAUAUCUAGGAGGUGAAUUGCAACCACCAUAACUAACUUUCUUUGUAAUUAAUUAGUUGGUUGGUAAUUAGUGGUGUUCGCUAAUGUUAAUGCAUUAGCUUACUGAAAAAUAUGAGGUUACUCCUAUUGUGGAGUGGGGGAAGUGGGAUAUGUUUUCUAAUGUUAGGCUAUAUAUGCCUAAAAUAUCCUUUCUAUGGAAUAAUACUUCAAAUCUGCUAUGUAAUUUUA